AUGUCGAAGUCACUUUCAUUAAAAAGUGAUUAUGCAUCUAUUAAUGAAGAAAAUCAUUCAUGGAGAUAUCUAGCUAAAACAUAUUUUAACAAUAGUAAACAAUUAAAAAGUUCAAUAUCAAAUGUUUUUGUAAAAGAUAAUACAUCAAUUAAUUAUUAUAAAAAUUUACCAGGUGCUAUGCCUAUAAGUAUGAAUGAUAUGUUAAAAUCACAAAAUACAAAUGCACCAUGGUUAUUUAAUAUAUUAAAAAAAAAAUUUCAUCGUUCAAGAAAACAUAAAAAAGAUAGACAAGUAUCAAAUGAAAUAGAUUCAAAUAAUUCAUUAUUAUUAGCAGAAGAAUUAUUAGAAAAACCAAUUACUAGUGAUGGAACUAAUGGAAAAUGGAUUAUUAAUGAAACAGAUAUUGUUUGUCCAUUGAUUAAGAAUUUUGAUACAUCUACUUCUGGUCAAUAUAAUAUAUCUCGUGCAAUGUCAUCAUCAACAUCACCUGUUCCACUUGCUACAACUGAUUCAUUACAUUUUUGUCAUUACCAUUAUGAUUUUCAAACAUUAAAUACACCAACUGCUUCACCACCAUCAUGUUUAAAUGAUUAUCAACCAAAUGUUUCAUCAGACAUUAUUAAUGAAAGUAAAAAGAAAAUAUCUAAUGAUGAAGAUACUCCUAUAGAUUUUACUUCCAUGGCAUCUAUGGUUAAAACUUAUUAUACAUCUAGUUCACAACCUAUCGAUUUACAUAAUAUUCGAGAUAUGGAAAUGCCUUCAUUUUCGUCUCCUUUAUUAUCAUCAACACUUGAAUCAACUAUUGACGAUAUAAAUUUAGUUAAUGGUAAUUCAACACUACAAACAACAUCAAAACGAUCAAAAUCUGCAUCAGCAGCUCGAAGUCAUCGUAUGAUGAAUUCAAGUUCAACAAAGAGAGAACAAAAACGAUCUAAAUCAACAAAGAAAAAGAAAAGUAAAUAUUAUCAAGAACAUAUAUUAAGUUCUGAAGAAAUCGAAUUACGAGAAGCAUUACGUAUUAUUGAUUUGGAUAAUAUUGGAUUUUUUCCACCAAGUGAAUUACGUAAAGUAUUAAAAGAAAUUGGUAUUAAUUCGAAUGAUAUUGAAAAAAUUGAACGAUGUUUACCACUUGAUGAUGAUGGACAUUAUUCAAUUGAUAAUGUUAUUAAAUUAUUUUUAGGUACAAAAUCAACAUAA